AUGACGACACAAACGCCGCAAGAGACCACGAAGGAUGUCCCGAAGGAGAUCUUUCUGAGAGAUUACAAACCACCGAGUCAUUCCUUCGCCAAGGUUGAGCUGGCGUUCGAUUUGAGGGAGCAGGGGACGACGGUGCGAAGCAUCAUCUCCGCGGUGCCCGCGAGCGGGUCGACGGGGGAGUUGUUCCUGCACGGGGAUGAGUCGGUCAAGUUGGACGGCGUGACGGUGAACGGGUCGGCGCACGAGCGAUACGAGAGAGGAUCGAAAGGUUUGACUUUGAAAGAUCUUCCGAACGAACCGUUUGAGUUGUCGAUCACGACGACGAUCGAGCCGCAGGAGAACACGGCGUUGGAGGGGUUGUACAAGUCGAGCGGGAACUUUUGCACGCAGUGCGAGGCGGAGGGGUUCCGAAGGAUUACUUUUUACCAGGAUCGACCGGAUUGUAUGUCGACGUUCACGACGAGAAUCGAGGCGGAUAAGGCAAAGUAUCCGGUGUUGCUAUCGAAUGGAAACCUGAUCGACAGCGGCGAGCUCGAGGGUGGAAGGCACUUCACGGUUUGGGAGGAUCCAUGGGUCAAGCCGUGCUACUUGUUCGCGCUCGUCGCCGGUAACCUGGGGAUGAUUGAGGACAAGUUUAAGACGAUGUCGGGCAAGGACGUGACGCUGAGAAUCUUCACUGAGAAGCACAAUAUCGACAAGUGCGCGCACGCGAUGACGAGCUUGAUCAAGUCGAUGAAGUGGGACGAGGAGACGUUUGGGUUGGAGUACGACUUGGACCUGUUCAACAUCGUCGCCGUGGACGACUUCAACAUGGGCGCGAUGGAGAACAAGUCGCUGAACAUCUUCAACUCUCGUCUCGUGCUCGCGACGCCGCAGAGUGCGACAGAUGCGGAUUACGCAGCAAUCGAGGGCGUGGUCGCGCACGAGUACUUCCACAACUACACCGGCAACCGCGUGACGUGCCGGGACUGGUUCCAACUGUCUCUCAAGGAGGGGUUGACCGUGUAUCGCGAUCAAGAGUUCAGCGCGGACAUGAACUCGCGCGGGGUCAAGCGCAUCGGUGACGUCUCUCGGCUUCGCACCGCGCAAUUUGCGCAAGAUGCCGGCCCGAUGGCGCACCCGAUUCGCCCGGAGUCUUACAUCAAGAUGGACAACUUUUACACGGUGACGGUUUACGAGAAGGGCGCCGAAGUCGUGCGCAUGUACGAGACGCUUCUCGGUAAGGAUGGCUUCCGCAAGGGCAUGGACCUGUACUUUCAGCGACAUGACGGCCAGGCUGUGACGACGGAAGAUUUCUUCGCCGCUAUGAGCGACGCCAACGGCGCGGAUUUGUCCACGUUCAAGCCGUGGUACUCGCAAGCGGGCACGCCGCGCGUCACUGCUAACGGCUCGUACGACGCCGAUGCGAAGACGUUCACUCUCAGCUUGACGCAAGUCGUCCCCAAGACACCGGGUCAAGAUACGAAGAUCCCGGUGAUGUGCCCCGUCGCCGUCGGUCUCGUCGGUCCGGACGGGAAGGACAUGGAGCUCACACUCGACGGCAAGUCUGUUGGCACGACGACGGUGCUCAGAUUCGACAAGGCCGAGGCGACGUACACGUUCACCGGUGUCGAGGCCAAGCCCGUGCCGAGCAUCUUACGUAACUUCAGCGCCCCCGUGCGGCUGACAACCAACCUGACGCAGGACGAUCUCGUUUUCCUGAUGGCGAACGACUCUGACGCGUUCAACCGCUGGGAAGCCGGCCAGACGCUUCUUCGCACGCUCUUGCUGGACUUGAUCAAAGGUGACGGUCAGUACAAGAUGGACGCCGCCAUUACGACCGCAAUGCGUGCGAUCAUCGCUGGAGCCAAGGAGCCGAACGCCGACAAGGCUUUCAUCGCGCGCGCGAUGAUGGUUCCGUCUGCGGGUGAGCUCAGCGACAUGCUCGACGAGGGAACGGUGGAUCCCGCGAAGAUCCACGAGGCACGCACGUUUGUCAUGAAGACGCUCGCUACCGAGCUUCGCGCCGAUCUCGAAGCCACGAUGAAGGCUAACAGUGCCGAGAAGUACUCCAACGAGCCCGCCGAUCGCGCCGCUCGAUCGCUCAAGAACACGUGCAUUGGCUACUUGUCCUACUUGGACGACGCGGCGAUCGCGGCGAUGACGUACGAGCGCUUCGCGUCCGCCGACAACAUGACGGACAAGAUCGCCGCUCUCAACUCGCUGAGCGACAAAGAGUGCGACGAACGCAUCAAGGCUUUCGCCGAGUUCUACGAAGAGUGGAACAAGGAUCCGCUCGUGAUGAACAAGUGGCUUGGCCUUCAAGCCAUGUCAAACCUCCCGAACAACAUCGCCAACGUCAAGGCGCUCAUGGAAGGACCGGCGUUCGACAUCAAGAACCCGAACAAAGUAUACUCCCUCAUCGGUGGCUUCUGUGCGUCGUCCGUGAACUUCCACGCCGCAGACGGAUCCGGCUACGAAUUCCUCGCCGACGUCGUCAUCAAACUCGAUGACUUGAACGGCCAAGUUGCAUCUCGCAUGGUGAGCGCGUUCACGAGAUGGAAGAAGUACGAACCGUCUCGCUCGAGUGCCAUGCGCGCUCAGCUCGAGCGCAUCCGCGCUAAGAAGGGACUCAGCGAGAACGUGUUCGAAAUCGUGUCCAAGUCUUUGGAGGCUUAA